AUGCUCGCUACCUUUUACAAUCUAACGGCACUAUUAAGACUCUGCGAGGCAUUGACAUUGACGCAGGACCUGGCAUUUGUAGUACGAGAUAUUGCGGCAGCCGCUGGCAAGGAGCAACGGCAUGUACACACAAUCAUUUAUAUUAGCGGAGAAGAAACGAAGGAACAACAAGAACUGCAUACAGAUACACUACUCGCUGGACUACAUUCGGCAAGCAAUCCGUGGCCAAUGCUGCAAUUCGAUGCCGGGCCGCCAAUUCGACGCUUCUGGGACAACUUCAAUAAUAAUUACAUUGCUGUAGUCCGGCUUCAAGGGCAACUGGAGCGCGAUGUACAAUUGUUGCACGUUUUGUGGCAGCGAUUGUGGCAAAAUACACAAAGUCGUAUAAUAUUGCUGCUAAACGAUGACGUUAGUACCGCAUAUGUUGCACGCAUAUUGUACUACUGUGCAACGCACAACGCGAUGAACGUGAUUGCAUUGCGCGCCGAAGAGACGGUGCGAAAGCGCAGCUACUGGACGCUGGAAAUAUUUCCCAUAUGGCAAGUGGUCAAGCACACGUUUCUGCCUACAUACCGGCAAACAUUUCCUCAACAUCUCGGCAAUAUGCAUGAGCAACUUCUCCGUAUCGCGACCACUUACACCUAUCCGCAGUGCUAUCUCAUGCGUGAUGCACACGGUGACCCUAUUCUCAGUGGACACAUCGGUAAGAUAUUUGUCGAGUACGCAAAACAUAAUGCCACACUCGUGUAUCCGUUAAGCAAGACACACAACAGCUUGUUUGUCGAUCGUUUGGAUGACUUGGUGCAAAAUGGCAGUGCCGACAUGAACUGCUUGCCUACUUAUGAGAAUCCAACUCGCAAUCUCAGUUACUCAAGAAUGUUCGACAGUCAUCAUUGGUGCCUUAUGGUACCCGUGGAGGAACCUCUGCCAGCAGCAACAUACUUUUUCAUCAUCUUCGACAAAGCAACAAUCAUUAUGAUGCUGUUUGGUCUACUGGCGCUUAGCUUUACACUCACGCUGACUUUUUAUUUACAAGGGAAUGAGCUCUCAUCUGUCGAUCUCGUAUUCAAUGCGCCCAUCUUGCAGGGUCUACUCGGUCAAACGUUUUGGAUGGAGAGCCUCACGUUGGCCGCACGCAGCGCAAUCUAUGUGAGUAUCUCAGUGGCAGGUGUCAUCUUCAGCACCACCUACGGCACUUAUUUGCAAAGUUUCAAUAUGCGUGCACCCACUGCAGCGCCAGCCGAAAGUAUACCGGAACUGUUGGGGCGUGGUCUCAAAAUAUUACUGCAAACCGAUGAAAUGAAACUAUUUGAAUUGCCAGUGGAAGCGUUUCAGUGGUUCGUGCCAUUUCUACCUCAAGUGACUGUUGUUGAGGACAAAACCGAAAUUCUACAAUUACGCAAUGCUUUCGAUACACACUAUGUGUACAUGGUGACCACUAUAUGGCCCAUCAUUGAGGAGCAACAGAAGUUCUUUAAGCGUCCCAUUUUUCGUCUCUCCAAUAUUUGCCCCGUCAACAAAUGGCCGUUGGUACUCAGCUUUUCUGAAAACUCUGUGCAUCGUUGGGCUCUCAACGCCUUGUUGGGUGAUUUGCAGGCCGCGGGUCUCUUGGAGUAUUGGAAGCGACAUGCCUUCGUUGAAAUGCUUCAAUUGGAUGAGAUCACUUUGCUGGAUAAAAGUGACAAAAGCAAUUUCGUACCGAUGAAACUGGAAGCUCUGCAUAUUGUGCUAAGUUUACUUGCUGCGCUAGAGUUGUUCGCCGUGGUCAACUAUCAAAUACAGUCUGGUUACGAAGACUAA